GGAGGCAGGGCUGGCUGUAAGAGCUCUCUCCCUCUGGUGAAGACCCACCUAAUGAGACAGUUAACAAGCAGGGUGAAAAAGUGACAGAGCUCACUGAGAAGGGAUCCAGUUCCCCUCAUACACAGCCAAAGGAUACAGCUCCUUCCUGGAGUCCUACACUGCUACAUCACAUCAGUACUGGGAUUACUACACACAGGACUCAGAGCACCAAGAGGAGCAGAACAGCACAGAAGUUCCUUCUAUUUAUUCUGGGAAAAAAAGUAUCUUAAAGUGCUGGAAAUAUUCAACAGGUCUUGGUUAUUCUCAGGAUGUUGCUGAGCCUCCUUCCACAUUGCAGUUUGGCGGUCUUCAUCUUAAGCUGUUCCAUGCCCACUCACGGGAGACCAACGCAGGGGCUCAACGGCAGAGUGCGCCGGGCCGUCUCCGAACAUCAGCUUCUCCAUGAUAAAGGCAGAUCUCUCCAAGAACUCCGCCGCAGGAUCUUCCUACAGAGCCUCAUAGAAGGGGUAAACACAGCAGAAAUACGAGCGGUGCCAGAUGAAUCGCCACGUCCAGUCCCCAGCGUCAAGAACUUUAACACCCUGCGACUGGUGAGCGAAGAGGAGGCAGUCACAAGUCACUUGACCCAGGAGACACACAAAUCUCAGAGUUUCAAGGAUCCCCCACCUAAGAUUCCUGGCAAAAAGAAGAAGGGAAAACCAGGAAAGAGGAAGGAACAGGAAAAGAGGAAAAGGAGAGAGCGGUCAGCAUUAGAAGGUCUGCAGGACCUGCCCAGAUCAGACCUUUGGUGGGAAGAGCUGGGUAUCAGCACACAAUGAGAAUUCAACUGGAGCUUCCACUUCUAUUGAAAAGACAUUGCAAAGAAAAAAAAAAUACAAAUAAAAGAGAGUGGGGAGUGCAGCGGAAAAAAAUCUGGACUUGCACAUUUGUUAUGUAUUUAUUUCCUGUAAAUAUCUAAUGAUCAGAGAUCACCCCAGACCCCACAUUCGCUGUUCUCCCCCCGCCGUUUGUAAUACUGCACAGCCGCCCCCCUUGCGGCCCCCUCCCCUUAUUUAUUGGUUGAAUUCUGUAUUUAUUGUGUUAUAUUUUUUUUAAUCCUUGUGCUGCUGGUGUCCCGUUUCAUGUUGCACUUUAUGUCCAGAACUCGCCAAGAUCUUAUGUGUUUUUUAUUUUAUUUUUUUAUAUUGAAUUGACCAUUCUUAUUAUUUUUUCUGUUUUGUGCAUGUAUGAAAUGUGGCGACUGGUGGAAUUUGUACAGAAUGUGUA